AUGGCAUUCCCCUUUGAGUUCACGCGUUACCACACGCACCUCCGCCUCAACCGCUUGCUUUUGGGUCCACAGCUCCGCACCACUCUCGCCAGUGCUGUUGGCAAUAGCGCCUCCGGCCGUGGUGGCAUUCCCGGCACUAGCGUUCUGAGUCCUGUGUUGCGCGCGGGAGCUGGGGUCAGCGGUCUUUGGGUACCAUCCCCACUCAUCGGCUCUGUCGCCGCCGCUCGGCGCCGCGGAGAGCGGCAUGACAACAGCGACAAGAGGAGCUGCUACGUGGCCGUUGCUGCCGCCACUGCCCGCGGCGGUGGUGGCGGCGGCGGCGCCGUGGCGGUGGCGGAGCCCGUCACUGGCCGCGUUGAGGACACGGAGCUGUACGAUGAAGCGUACAACUCCUACCUUUCGUACGCCAUGUCAGUCAUCGUAAGCAGGGCCAUCCCAGAUGUACGAGACGGCCUCAAGCCCGUACACCGCCGUAUUCUGUACGCCAUGCACGAGCUUGGCCUUGUGCACAACAAACCUUUCAAGAAGUGCGCGCGCGUGGUGGGCGAGGUGCUUGGCAAGUUUCAUCCGCAUGGCGAUACGGCAGUGUACGACUCGCUUGUACGGAUGGCCCAACCGUUUGCGAUGCGGCAAACGCUCGUGGACGGUCACGGCAACUUUGGCAGUUUGGACAACGACCCGGCGGCCGCUAUGCGUUAUACGGAAUGUCGGUUGACUCGGGCGGCUGGGGAGGCCCUUUUGGCGGACAUUGGACCCGAUACCGUUGACUGGCAACCGACUUUUGAUGAAUCGCAGGUGGGCCUUGCGUCAAACAUCCCGCCGCAUAAUCUAGGGGAGGUGGUUUCGGCGCUACGGGCCCUCAUCACUGACCCACGGGUCACCACGGAGGAGCUCCUGAAGCACGUGCGUGGACCGGACUUCCCCACAGGUGGCGAGGUGGUGGUGGGACCCGAGCUCUUGCAAGUGUACGAGACCGGAAGGGGUUCGGUUGUGGUGCGCGGCAAGGCAACGAUAGAGCGGGUAGGUGGAGGCAGCGGCGGCGGCGGCGGCGGUGACGACGGCGGCGGAAAUGAUGAGGUGGCGACGGCGGCGGGUCGGACUCGCCGCCGUCGUGGAGCCGCUGCGGCGGCGGCGGCGGCACAGGCAGUUGAUGAGGAUAUUGGCGGCGGUAGAGGUGGAAGCGGUAGGGAGCUUGUCGUAAUCACGGAGCUGCCGUACCAGGUGUACAAGUCGGAUCUGGUGGCCUCUAUCGCGGAACUCAUCGAGUCUAAACAGCUCGAAGGAGCGUCGGAUGUACGGGACGAGAGCGACCGUACGGGUGUACGGGUUGUAGUGGAGGUCAAAAAGGGUUACAGUGGGAAGGUGGUCCUCGCCCAACUGUACAACAGUACGAGGUUGCAGGUAAACUUCCACUACAACUGCACAUCUCUGCUAAACACGAAGCCCUUGCAGAUGGGUCUCAAGGACAUGUUGCUGGCGUUUCUGGACUUCAGAUGUGAUGUGGUUCAGCGCCGCUCCUCCGCCUCCCUCCGAGCCGCCCAACAGCGGCUUCACCUCGUGGAGGGGUUCCUCAGGCUGCUGCGGGAGGAGGGCCGGCUGGAUGCGGUGGUGGCGGAUGUGCGGGCGGCGGAGGACGGGGGGGCGGCGAGGAGGGCACUGGUGGCCAAACACGGACUCAGCGAGGAGCAGGCGGAGGCUAUUUUGGGCCUUACGUUGCGCCGUCUGACCGGGUUGGAAGCCGCUAAGCUGGACCAGGAACGCCGGGAGCUGCAGCAGAGCAUUGCGAGGCUGGGGGACAUUUUGGCCAACCGUACGACACUGUUGGCGGUGGUGGAGCAGGAGGCAGAGGCGCUGGCGGCGGCGUUUCCGGAACCCCGUCGUACGGCACUGGUGGCGGCGGAGGAUGUACCCGCCACUCCUUCCCUGGAGUCCCUCGUCCCGCCAAAGCCCUGUCUCGUACUGGCAUCACGUCGGGGCUUUCUGAGGCGGUUGGCGGGGGACUCGUUGACGGCGCAGAACCGAAACACGCGAGGCAAAUCGGGAAUUCGGUUGCGCAGCGGCGACCAGCUGGCCAGCCUGGUUGCCGGCUCCGACCGGGAUCUGCUGAUGGUCGUUACGCCGGACGGCAGGAUGUUCAAGACACGGACAGCUGCCGUACCGCCGUCGUCGUCAUCAGCCUCAUCAGCCUCACCAACUGCUGCCGCGGCCUCCGGUGGCACCGAGUCUGUCGGCCGGAUGAAGGAGGUGGAAGACGCGGGAUCUGAAGCAAAGGAGGAGGAGGAGGUGGAGGGCGAGGACGUGGGCGGGGCGGUGGCGGGCCCGUGUCUUGUGCUGUGCACUCGGGGCGGGCGGAUAAAGCGGCUGGCGCUGAAGAACCGGAGGGAGAGCAAGAAGGGCAUUAUGGUGAUGGGCCUGGAAUCCAGCAGCUCAAAAGCCACUGGCGAUGGUAGGGAUAGCAGCAGCAGUAGCAGCGCCCGCGAUGCAGCCUCCAAGAAGAAGGGGCCUGAUGAAGCCGGGGAGGAGGAGUUGUGCUGGGCCGCCCUGAGCCGCUCCCCCGGGGAUGUGGUGGUGGUUGCCUCCGCGGAGGGACAGGUGCUGCUGUUUCCCGCCACGGACGUGCGGGUUUCGGGGCCGCAGUCGGCGGGAACACAUGCCAUGCGGAUGAGCAAGCGCCGGCCCAACGACCGCAUCGCGGACAUAACCGUGCUGCCCGCUGAGUUGGCGCCGCUGCUGGGAUCCCAGCUACCUACCACUGCCUCCGCCUCCGCUGGCACUGCUACUGCCGCGUCCGAGCGUGGGGAGGAUGUAGCAGAGGACGGGGAUGACGAUGGGGAGGAGGAGGAGGAGGAAGGGGGAGAACAAGGAUUGACCGCAGCUAUUGAUGAGGAGCAAGAGGGAGAGCAAGAGGAAGGAGAGGAGGAAACGUCGAGCCGUGGGCCCGCCGGGCCGUGCCUGCUGCUGGUAACUGCGCACGGCAUUGGGAAGCGAAUUCCGUUGGGUCAGUUGCGGCUUGGAAUGCGGCGGCAAGCAGGCAUGGUCGCAAUCCGCGUCGCGAGCGCCGAGCGCGCGCGGCAACGGAGCCGCCGCAGCAGCAGCGGCGGUACGGCAGCACAAUGGCAACAGCAGGAGCAGCAGCAGCAGGGGGCCGCUGGACCCGACCACGUCGUGGCGGUGCUGGUUGUGCGUGACGGUGAGGAGGUGAUCAUGGCAUCGCGGAACGGUGUCGUGGUACGGCAGAGCGUUGACGGUAUUGCCGUACAGGGUCGCAUGACGCGCGGCACGUUUGUGAUGCAGCUUGAUGGGGGGGAUGAGGUGGUGGAUGUGGUGGCGGCGGCGCCGGAAGUGCCUCCGCCGCGGCCGCCGCGAGCGGCUGCUGCGGCUGCGGCUGCGGCUACAGCUACAGCAGCACACGCUGCGCCGAGUGGGGGAGGCACCGUGGGAAAGGGUCGAGGCCGGGGAAGGAGAGUAGCGAUAACAUAA